CCUGAACAACCUAACCACCUGGAUCACUUCUAUGGCCCGGUCACAUUCCUCGCAAAUCAAAAUCCUAAGAAAAUUUAGCUAUUUCCAAAUACAUUACUCGCCUUUCUAAUCGAACCUCCCCAAAAAUGAAAUUCCCCAAAAGCCCCCCCCCCUCCCUAAAACAAAAGCAGUCUACAACAAUGUACUAGAAACGGAAACAUUAAACCGGUUGAAUUCGGUUCUCCGGAACGAGAACCAGGUUCCCGCGUCUUCUUUCUCAACAUACUGUUCUUUUUUUUGCUGAAUUGAAUAUUAAAAUUAAUGCAAAGACAGAAGACACUGGGUUACAUCAUAGUGAUGUGACUUUUGUUUGAUUUUUUCUUGACAAAUGUUAAAAGAUAAAUUUUUGCUGAAAGGCUUCUCAAAUACGAGUUGAGAACCACACUCCUCAAUUCCCCUCAAAUAUACAGACAGUUUCUCUUCCUCCUUUCCUCAAAAAGUGUAUGAUUAACCAAGUCACUCUCUAAUCAGCGUGGGAUAUUCAAAGAUGAGUACGGUCGAUAAGAUGCUGAUAAAGGGUAUCAGAAGCUUCGACCCCGAAAAUAAAAACGUCAUCACUUUCUUCAGGCCCUUAACCCUAAUCGUCGGUUCCAACGGCGCCGGAAAAACUACAAUUAUAGAAUGCGUGAAGGUUUCUUGUACGGGAGAGUUGCCUCCUAACGCGAGGUCUGGCCACAGCUUCAUUCAUGACCCUAAGGUUACUGGGGAAACGGAGACUAAAGCACAAAUUAAGCUGCGGUUUAAGACAGCUGCAGGGAAGGAUGUGGUGUGUAUAAGGUCAUUUCAGUUGACGCAAAAGGCUUCAAAGAUGGAGUACAAGGCCAUUGAGAGUGUGCUUCAAACCAUUAACCCUCACACUGGAAAGAAAGUAUGUCUCAGCUACAGAAGCGCUGACAUGAAUAGGGAAAUACCAACUUUGAUGGGUGUGUCAAAAGCUAUACUAGAAAACGUCAUAUUAGUGCAUCAAGAUGAGUCUAAUUGGCCACUACAGUAUCCUUCUACUUUGAAAAAAAAGUUUGAUGAUAUUUUCUCAGCCACCAGAUACACAAAAGCGUUGGAGGCUAUUAAGAAACUUCACAAAGAUCAAGCUCAGGAGAUAAAAACGUAUAAGUUGAAGCUGGAAAAUCUGCAGACAUUAAAAGAUGCAGCUUACAAGCUUCGUGAGAGCAUUGCUCAAGAUGAAGAAAGAACAGAGUCUUCAAAAGCUCAGAUGUCGGAACUGGAAAACAGCAUUCAGAAAUUGGAUGCUGAACUUCAUAAUAAGCAAAUGAUGUUAAAGGAUCUGAGAAAGCUACAGGACCAAGUUUCAAGAAAAACUGCCGAAAGGAGCACCUUAUUUAAGGAGCAGCAGAGACAGUAUGCAGCACUACCCGAAGAAAAUGAAGAUUCUAUUGAAGAACUGAAAGAAUGGAAAAGCAAGUUUGAAGAAAAAAUUGCUAUUUUGGAGACCAAAAUUCGGAAGAUGGAGAGAGAGAUGGAAGAUACAGAAACUACAAUUUCGUCUAUUCACAAAGCAAAAACCAGCUAUAUGCUGGAGAUCAGCAAGCUACAAACAGAAGCUGAAGCUCAUAUGCUGCUGAAGAAUGAGAGAGAUGCUUCCAUCCAGAAAAUGUUUUCCCAUCACAAUUUGGGAAAUGUUCCUAGUACCCCUUUCAGUACUGAGGUCGUUUUGAAUCUCACAAAUCGAAUACAAUCAAGACUGGUUGAAUUUGAAAUGGACUUGCUGGAUAAGAAGAAAUCAAAUGAGACUGCUCUAAGUACGGCUUGGGAUUGCUAUAUGAACGCUAAUGAUCGUUGGAAAAGCAUCAAAGCUCAGAAACGAGCUAAAGAUGAAAUCAAGAGAGGCAUAUCAAAACGCAUCGAAGAGAAAGAAACUGAACGUGAUUCAUUUGAAUUCGAGAUAUCCAAUGUGGAUGUUCAACAAAUUGAUGAACGAGAAAAACUAGUGCAAGUUGAGCUUGAGGAAAAGUCAAAGCAAAAUUCUGAAAGCGGAUUUGAAUCCAAAAUAGAACAGAAACAGGAUGAAAUAUACAGCAUUGAGCAUAAAAUCAAGACUCUGAAAGACUUUAUGGCUGAGGAUAGAGUGAAAUAUUAUUUGAAGAAGAAAAAGCUGGAGAAUCUCCGGAAGCGAGACAAAAAGAUGUCAAUUGAAAUGAAACAUGAUGACCUGAUCUUAAAAUCCCAAGAAGCAGAAAAGGAGGUGAACUUGUUGCAGGUGAAGAUUCAAGAAGUAAAAAAUAGCCUAUCCAAGCAUCACAAGGAUACAGAAUCAAGAAAGAGAUACAUCGAGUCCAAGCUUGAAGCCUUAAAACAGGAAUCAUUUACCAUUGAUGCUUAUCCUAGAUUGUUGGAUUCGGCGAAGGACAAACGAGACUACCACAAAAGCAAAUAUUACAUAGCAAUUAGUAUGCGCCAUAUGUGUGAGCCACUUGAGCAGGUAGCCCGUGAACAUCAUUUUUGUCCUUGCUGCGAGCGCACUUUUUCAGCUGAAGAAGAGGAUAACUUCGUUAAGAAGCAAAGGGCUAAGGCUUCAACCACGGGGGAUCAUGUCAAAGCAUUAGCAGCAGAAUCUUCAAACGCUGACUCUAUCUUUCAGCAGCUGGAUCAACUUCGCUCAGUUUUUGAGGAGUACACGAAACUUACUGAUGAAAUUAUUCCUUUUGCCGAGAAAUCUUUGCAAGAAUUUACAGAAGAGCUGGAGCUGCAGUCUAAAGCCCUUGAUAUUGCAUUGGUAAUCUUAGCGCUGAAAGAAACUGAUAAAGAAUUAGUUGAAGAACGUGUUCAGUUGCUGGAACUUCUUGAUAAUAGGCUUGCACUGGACUUUGAAUGCAUAAAGAAGCUAAACAAGUCAGAAUUGCGUAGACUCCAAAGCACCAAGGAUAAAUUGCACGAGGAGCUGGAGAAAUUAAGGGAUGAAAAGAUUUACAUGGAACUUGAUAUAUCAGGCCUCCAGGCCAGAUGGCAUGCACUAAGAGAGGAGAAAGCUAAGGCUGCCAAUUUGUUACGCGACGUUACAAAGACAAAAGAAGACCUAGAGCGUUUAGCCGAGGAGAAAAUUCAACUUGACCUACACAUUAAGCAUUUGGCCGAGGCUUUGGGCCCUUUAUCCAAGGAAAAGGAACAGUUACUAAGUUUUUACAAUGUUAUGAAAGUUAAACGUAAUCAAGAGUAUGAAGAACUGGCUGAGAAAAAGAGAAACUAUCAACAAGAAGUUGAGGCAUUACUCAAGGCCAAUUCUAAGAUUAAUGAGUAUCAUGAACUGAAGAAAGGAGAGCGGUUAAAUGAUAUUCAAGGAAAGCAGCGGGUAGCUGAAUCCCAGCUUCAGAGCUCUGAAUCUAGAAAGAAUGAAAUUGCAGCUGAACUGAGCAAAAGUAAAGACUCGAUACGGAAUCAAGAUCAAGUGAGAAGAAACAUAGAGGAUAACUUGAACUACCGUACAAAAAAAGCACAAGUGCUUACGGGUGAGAUUGAAUCACUGGAAGCGGAAAUCUUGAAUAUUGGUGGGAUACCCGCAGUUGAAGCUGAAAUUGUAAAGAUAUCGCGGGAAAGAGAAAGACUUCUUUCAGAGCUGAACCGGUGUCGUGGAACAGUGUCUGUUUAUGAGAGCAGUAUUUCAAAGAACAAUGUGGAGCUUAAACAGACACAAUACAAAGACAUAGAUAAGCGGCACUUUGAUCAACUGAUCCAGCUAAAGACAACUGAAAUGGCAAAUAAGGAUUUGGAUAGAUACUACAAUGCCGUUGACAAAGCACUAAUGCGAUUCCACACAAUGAAAAUGGAAGAGAUAAAUAAGAUUAUAAGGGAGCUGUGGCAGCAGACACACAGAGGUCAAGAUAUUGAUUACAUAAGAAUACACUCAGAUUCCGAGGGUGCAGGCACGCGCUCUUACAGCUACAAGGUCCUUAUGCAGACUGGUGACACAGAACUUGAAAUGAGAGGAAGAUGCAGCGCAGGUCAAAAGGUUCUUGCUUCAUUGAUAAUAAGGUUGGCUUUGGCCGAGACUUUCUGCCUAAACUGUGGAAUAUUAGCGCUUGAUGAGCCAACAACAAAUUUGGAUGGUCCCAAUUCAGAAUCUCUUGCAGGAGCUCUUCUUAGGAUCAUGGAAGACAGAAAGGGCCAAGAGAAUUUUCAACUCAUAGUCAUUACUCACGACGAACGCUUUGCUCAGAUGAUUGGUCAACGCCAACAUGCUGAUAAAUAUUACCGUGUCGCCAAAGAUGAUAUGCAACACAGCAUAAUCGAGGCCCAGGAGAUCUUUGAUUGAUGAGGCUGUUGCUCGUCCUCUUAACCAACAUAACAGCACUAGCCAGUCAUCUUUUUAAAGCUAUGGGUAGCUUUCUUUGGUAUGUUAUUUAAAUUCUACACAUGGUUUGGUUAGAUGUGUGCAAAAUUGUCAAACUAAAACAUCGAAGUUAAGUUAAUGGUUUGAUUCAACUUUUUGUCUUUUCUUUAUGAACGUAAAACAUCAUUACAA